AUGCAUAUAUAUGCAGAGGACGAACAUCCGUUUACGUAUGUGGGAGAAAGCGAAAAAGGACCGAAAAAAUGGGGGCAACUAAACCCAGAAUGGCAAAUAUGUGAAAACGGAAAACGACAGUCUCCGAUUAAUCUUGUGCACGCGAAAUCUUCACCUUCGCCGAGCUUGGGGAAGUUGAAGAAAACAUACAAACCAGCCCAUGCUGUAAUAAAAAACAGGGGACAUGAUAUCAUGGUUGCAUGGAGAGGAGAUGCAGGGGGUGUCGUAAUAAACGGGACCGAGUACAAAUUAGUACAAUGCCAUUGGCAUACUCCGUCGGAGCAUCGUGUUAACGGCCGAAGCUUGAAUAUGGAGUUUCAUAUGGUUCAUAACAACUCACAGGGGCAUAUUGCUGUCGUAGGCAUCUUGUAUACAUUGGGUCGCCCCGACACGUUUCUCGAGAAGUUUCUAGAACAUAUUACAUCAUUGGUUGGAGAGGAAGGAAUCGAUCUAGGUAUCGUUAGCCCCCGGGAUAUCAAAUUCGGGAGCAGAAAGUAUUUCCGAUACAUGGGUUCUCUCACCGUUCCACCCUGCACCGAGGGUGUUAUUUGGACUAUCAUCGACAAGGUGAGGACGGUGUCGAGGGAGCAAAUUAGAGCAUUGAGGAAUGCUGUUCAUGAUGUAAGUGACGACGGCAUAAAAUUCUUGAAUCGCUUACGUACUUAAACGAUUUACAUUUUUUUCGGGUACGAUGAAAAUAUACGAGAGUCGAUAUUUAUUUACUGAAGCUAGUUAUUAUAUAUUGUUGCAGGGUUUUGAGGAGAAUGCAAGGCCACCUCAGCCAUGGGGUGGAAGAAACAUAUACCUAUAUGGCCCGG